AUGACAAACAAUAUCAAGUUCAUAGUUGAAGAGGAGGAAGAGAAAAGAGCUGUCGAUAUUCAAAGUAUUUUCAUUCCUUGGAAGAUAGAUCCCUUCAAUAUGAAAAAAUUCAUUACAACCAAUAAACUAUCCUCUAUUCCAGGAAAUGAUACCGACCAAGUCUGCUGUAAGAGAAUCAAUGUCCCCAUUUCCACACCACUAGAUAUCCAAUGUAUACUUCCAAGAUCCUCUAUCUACAUGGAGCAAAGUCCGAUUGAACAAAUCGAAGAAUACACUGAACAUUUACUCAUCGAAUGUGAAGAUAAUGUAUUCUGGAUCAAAGAUAACUCACCAGAGAUUCAAAGACAAAUCUUUGAAAUCAAUGCUCAACUAUUGGAAUGGGUUGAAUUAAAUCAUAUUAGUGGAAAUAUAUUUGACGACAAGUCAAUGUUUAACUUGGGUACACAAAAAAUAACAAAAUAUAUACCUUCUAUAUCAUUUAUGACCGAAGCAAGAUGGAAUUUAGUAUUGGAUUCAAUGAAGCAUCCUAACCAACCACAGACUCAACAUCCUGAUUUUGUCAUCGAACUGAGAUCGUAUGAGCAAGGUAUUACAAAUCAAAUUCCUACACUUCACAAGAAGAUGUGUAAUUGGAUAAGCUCUGGAGUGGAAUCGGCAAUACUCAUUGAUGGCUACGAGAAACAAAUCUUCAUCUAUUGCCACACCUCAAAGAUACAAGAGAAUAAUAACAACGACCAUCCCGAUACCAUCCAACAAAUAAUACAACUAAAUCACUCGAAACAAAAGAUAAAACAAGAUAUCAAGCAGAUUGAAGAUUACUUGGAUAAACAAGAGUCACAAGCUAACAACAACAACAACAAAACAUUUGAAAUAAUUGAAAAUAUGUUAAGACAAAAGCGUGAGCAACAAAUGGUAAUGGAGUGUAAUCAUCAAUACUUUCAAAAUCUACAACCAGUUCCUGGAUAUAACGAUAUUUCAAUGAAAUGUAUUCCAAUGUUUAAUAACAACGACAACACAAGUAAAAUCGAUGACAACCAACAACAUAAUUUCAUUACAUCAUCUAUCCAAGAUAAUAAUAAUAAUAAUAAUAAUAAUAAUAAUAAUAAUAAUAAUAAUAAUAAUAAUAUUAAUGAUAAAAAACAAUUAAGUCAAGAACAAGCCAAUUGUCAUGACACGAGAUCCAAUUUAAUAUUGCAUUGUGUAGGCGUCAUGAACGGCUUUAAAAUAAACCUGUCAAAGAUUAUUUUUUAA